AUGAUCAACUCUCUGAUCCUGAUGCUCGCGGCCGCUGUAUUCUUCUACGGGAACGGGAGUACAGGCGAAGCUUCUCCUGCCAGCUUGUUCGACGCUUAUGACCUCAUCAGAGACCUCGUCGGCCAAGGCGCUGCGACGCUUUUCGCCAUCGCUCUCCUCAGCGCCGGCCAGAGCUCAUCCAUCAUCGCCACCGUCGCAGGCCAGGCCGUUUGUGAGGGCUUCAUCCAAUGGCGCGUGUCGCCUGUCACUCGUCGGCUCCUCACCCGUCUCCUCGCGAUCAUCCCCUCCAUGGCGGUCGCCAUCGGCGUCGGGCGCGCGGGCGUCGACACCCUCCUCGUCGCAUCCCAAGUCGUGCUCUCCAUUGUUCUGCCGUUCAUCACCUUCCCUUUGCUGUGGUGCACGGCGAGCAAGGAGAUCAUGAAGGUGAGAAAGCUCAGGCGUGCAGACGCGGUGGAGGAUGAGGGCACGGUCACGGCGGUUGAGCUCCCUGCGGCCGUGGACACCAAAGGAGAGGAUGUGGGUGCGGCGAGCCCUGCUACUGCACGGGAGGCAGAGGAGGCAGAUGGGGGCGAAUGGGUGGAUUACAGCAAUAAUAAGCUGACGAUCGUGGUUGGCGGUCUGAUCUGGCUCGUCGUCGUCGCUGCCAAUGUGUAUGCGAUCGUCGAGCUUGGGAUGGGCAAUGUCUAA